AUGGCUGGUUUUUAUAUGCAGUACCUGGAAAGUCUUUGCCGCCGCCGUGGAUGGACCGACCCUGCUUACGAAUGCUACCGCGACCCCAAUGGCUUUACAUGCCUCGUUCUAGUCAACGGCCGCGAGUACCAAACCGACCUGGCGUAUGAGUCCGACAUGCUGGCCCAGGAAAACGCUGCGAUGCGCGCAUUUAUGGUCUGCCAAAACUUCUCCGCCAACAAUGGCAUGCUGGCCCGCAAUGGUAUUGUUCAAGGCCUCCGACGAAAGAGCCGCCAAACUUCCUCGCGAGACAGCUCCGACCACAGCAGCGGAGGUCGGCGUUCAGGCCACCAUUCGAGCAGCAGUUCGACCACGUCGUUUGAUUAG